GGACGCACGGAGAGCCGCUUGGUUCCAUUUAACUUAACUUUUCCCGGUUAUUAAAACUUCUGCGUCACAUUCCCUUUUCAUUUUCCCCUCUUUUUUUAUCAUCACCCCGACUGGAGGACUGAGUUUGGAUAUCGGCAGGGGGAGGAGGCAGAGGAGCAGCGGGCUGCUCUCAGAUGGAGCAGCAGGGCUCCGGGAGCUCAGGGCGCACGGCGGACCCGGAGUGAAUGACGCUGGUGGAUGGACGCUGCACCUCCCAGGUUCAGGCUGUUCCCAGCACGGCCAUGACGGGCACCCAGGACCCAGACCUGCAUGAGCAGCACAGAGGACCAACGCAGGAGGAAGGGGAUGAGGAGGAAGAGGGGGAGAGGGUGCACGUGUCAGUCGAGAGAGAGGAGAGGGAACGGGACGGGGAGGAAGAUGAAGAAGAGGAGGAAGAAGAGGAGGAAAAAGAGGAGCUGCCGUACCCGUCUCUAGCACCAGUGGUUCUCUUGGCUCUGACCCAAACCAGCCCACCCCGCUCCUGGUGCCUCCGAGCCGUCUGCCACCCAUGGUUUGAGCGUGUGAGCAUUUUGGCCAUCCUACUGAACUGUGUGACUCUGGGGAUGUUCCAGCCCUGUGGCCACACCCCUUUCCUACUGCAGGCUCUGGAUGAUGGCAUCUUCGUGUUUUUCGCCGGGGAAAUGGUGGUGAAGAUGGUGGCCCUGGGGGUCAUAGGUCAGAGCGGUUACCUUGGCGACACGUGGAACAGAUUGGACUUCUUCAUUGUUGUGAUUGGAAUGCUGGAGUACUCCCUUGAUGGACACAACGUCAGCCUAUCAGCAAUCAGGACAGUCCGAGUCCUCCGCCCGCUGCGAGCCAUCAACAGAGUUCCCAGUAUGCGUAUCCUGGUCACUCUCCUCCUGGACACUCUCCCCAUGCUGGGCAACGUGCUGGCACUGUGCUUCUUUGUCUUCUUCAUCUUCGGCAUUGUUGGCGUCCAGCUGUGGGCGGGCCUUCUGAGGAAUCGCUGUUUCAUGGGAGAGGACGUGAAGAUGAGAUAUAACAUUUCCUUCCUGAGUGGCUACUAUCGGCCAGAUGGCACUGAUGACCACCCAUUCAUCUGCUCGACAGAGAGAGAAAAUGGGAUGCUUCGGUGCACCGAUGUGCCUCGUCGCCGUGUAGCUGGGACUUCCUGCUUCCUGGGUGCCGAGGAGGCCCCACCAGAGAUCGGACCUACAGUAGAUAAACCAGUGUCAUGUGUAAACUGGUACCAGUAUUACAACGAGUGCCGUGCUGGGGAUGUAAACCCACACAAAGGAGCUAUAAACUUUGAUAAUAUUGGAUAUGCAUGGAUCGCCAUUUUUCAGGUGAUCACACUGGAAGGUUGGGUCGACAUCAUGUACUACGUUAUGGAUGCACACUCUUUUUACAACUUCAUCUACUUCAUCUUCCUUAUUAUUGUGGGCUCCUUCUUCAUGAUCAACUUGUGCCUGGUCGUCAUAGCUACCCAGUUUUCUGAAACAAAGCAGAGAGAACACGCCUUAAUGAAAUCGGAGCAGCAUGCCCGCCAGCUCCACCAAUCAGCUUCCACGUUAGCCAGCGACAGCCAACCAGGAAGCUGCUAUGAGGAGAUAAUUCGCUACAUAGCGCACCUGGGCCGCAAGGCGUGUCGGCGGCUGUCGCGCUGCUACGCCCAGAGACGCAAGCACUUCCACUGCGUGUGCAUAUGCAAGAGAGACAGGGGGUUAGGAUCCGCCAGAGGGAGUGCUGUUGGAGAAAUGAACGGACUCGCCCACAGGCACUCGGGCCACGCCCCAAAUGACCUGUCGCACCUUCAUCAGCUUUAUCAUCAUCAUCAGCAGCAUCAUCAGCAGACUCUGCCGCUGCCGCAGUCAGAGCCAGCUGUCAGUAAAGGAGGGAACGGUUUUAAUUAUCCCUUCAUAGCGCCGCUCUUCAAUCCCCUGGAUGCAAAAGACCAGGACCAGAAGAGGCCAGUUGCCACGGAGACUGUCAACAGACUGCCUCAGCUGGUGGUGGAGCAUGGUGGCUGUGCUGGACAUCCUGCUAUAACGUUGCCAGGUGAAGUCCCAGUAGAGUCGCCAUCAUGCCCGUAUUGCAUCUACUAUAAUCAGCUGGGAGACACUGAAAAUGUUAAUGAACAGACUGAAGAGCAGCAGCAUGGGUACGGCAACUCAUGCCCUGGCAACAGCCCAUGUCAUAGUAACAGCCCCUGCCACUGUAGCAGCCCCUGCCGCGGCGAUGCACAGGUGUCGGAGCCAAAGAGUAAGCUGCUGGUGCGCUGUUGGGCGGGACUUCGAAUCAAGCUGGAUCUUAUUGUUGGCAGCAGAUACUUCAACAGAGGAAUCAUGAUUGCCAUCCUUAUUAACACGCUGUCAAUGGGCAUUGAGUACCACGAACAGCCCCAGGAGCUGACAGAUAUUUUGGAGAUCAGCAACAUGGUGUUUACGAGUCUGUUCAGUCUGGAGAUGUUGCUAAAAGUCCUGGCUCUUGGGCUUUUUGGAUACAUCAAAAACCCCUACAACGGCUUCGACAGCGUCAUUGUCAUCAUCAGUGUGUGGGAGAUAGUCGGUGAGGCAGAAGGAGGCUUGUCUGUGCUGCGUACCUUCCGCCUGCUGAGAGUUUUGAAGCUGGUCCGGUUCCUUCCGGCUCUGAGGAGGCAGCUGGUGGUGCUGAUGAAGACAAUGGACAAUGUGGCCACGUUCUGCAUGCUGCUGAUGCUUUUUAUAUUCAUAUUCAGUAUCCUCGGGAUGCAUCUGUUUGGCUGUAAAUUUGGUUUGCAGCAUAACAGUGGAGACACUUUACCUGACAGGAAGAACUUCGACUCUCUGCUGUGGGCGACUGUCACCGUGUUUCAGAUCCUCACCCAGGAGGACUGGAACGCAGUGCUCUAUAACGGGAUGGCCUCCACCACCCCGCUGGCUGCCCUCUACUUUGUCGCCCUCAUGACCUUCGGCAACUAUGUCCUCUUCAACCUGCUCGUUGCCAUUUUGGUAGAGGGCUUUCAAGCAGAAGGAGAUGCAAACAGAUCUGAGGCAGAUGAAGACAGGCAAUCUCUCACUUAUGAAGACGAGGAGAAGCUGAGAGAAAUCUACGCUGCAGAGCUCAAGAUCCAGGCCAUGAUAAGUAGCCCUAACGGUCUCCUGAACCCGAAAGCCUCCAUGCCUCCCCCUCCUCAGCCUCCUCUGCCUGUCAUCACUCACACUGCUGCCACUCCCACCAUAAACUCCAGCCAGUCCCGCCGGGCGAGUGCCGCUUCCAUGGACGUCCACAGCAUUGAGCGGAGGUCAACGCUGUCCUCUCAGUCUCUGUGGGACAGCGGCCCUGAGAGCCGUCGCUCCAGCUGGACCAGCAUCGGCCGGGCCCCCAGCCUCCACAGGAAGAGCCAGUCGGGAGAGAUGGAGUCCCUGCUGUCUGACACGCACACCAGCUCCAACCCUAGCAGCAGGGAGCAGUCUCUGGAUCAGCCUGAGUACCUGCAGGUGCCCAUGCUCCACCAGACCGACUGUAACGGCACCACCUUUCAUCUCCCAGACCACAGCUUUGAGGACGCUCCGCUGACCUCUCAUUACCACAGCGAUCAGGAGGAGGAGGAGGUUGAGGAGAGUUUCUGUAAGAAGCUGAAGAAGAUGUUAGAGCCAUAUGAGCCUCAGUGGUGCCUGGAGCAUGAUGAGUGGUCCCUCUAUCUGUUCGCUCCAAAUAACCGGUUCAGAAGGUGGUGUCAGAAAGUCAUAGGCCACAAGAUGUUUGAUCAUGUCAUCCUCCUCUUCAUCUUCCUGAAUUGCAUCACCAUUGCGCUGGAGAGACCUGACAUACAGCCCAACAGCAUGGAGCGCGUGUUCCUCAGUGUGUCCAAUUACAUCUUCACUGUGAUCUUCGUGGGUGAAAUGAUGAUCAAGGUGGUGGCGAUGGGUCUGUACUUUGGAAAGGGUGUGUACCUGCAGAGCAGCUGGAACGUUCUAGAUGGAGUUUUGGUGUUUGUGUCCCUCGUGGACAUCCUGGUCUCCAUCGCAUCAGCAGGCGGUAAUCGAAUCCUUGGUAUCCUACGAGUGCUUCGUCUACUCCGCACACUGAGGCCACUCAGGGUGAUAAGUCGAGCCCCCGGUCUAAAACUGGUGGUGGAAACCCUGAUCACAUCUCUAAGACCUAUCGGGAACAUCGUCCUCAUCUGCUGCGCUUUUUUCAUCGUGUUUGGAAUUCUGGGAGUUCAGCUGUUUAAAGGGAAGUUCUUCUACUGCGAAGGGCUCGAUGUAAGCAACAUCACCAACAAAACGCAGUGCCUGGAGGCAGGAUACCGCUGGACUCGACGGAAAUACAACUUUGACAACCUGGGACAGGCGCUGAUGUCACUCUUUGUGCUGUCAUGUAAAGACGGCUGGGUCAGCAUCAUGUAUGACGGCCUGGAUGCUGUCGGGGUAGACCAGCAGCCAAUAAGAAACAACAACCCCUGGAUGCUGCUGUUUUUCAUCUCUUUCCUGCUCAUCGUCAGCUUCUUUGUGCUCAACAUGUUCGUGGGCGUGGUGGUGGAGAACUUUCACAAGUGUCGGCAGCAGCAGGAGGAGGAGGAGGCGCGGCUGAGGGAGGAGAAACGGCAGAGGCGGCUGGAGAAAAGGAGAAGAAGGGCGCUGGAGAAGCCGUACUACGCCGACUACUCCCCGCUGCGUCGAUCCAUCCACACUGUGUGCACCAGCAGCUACAUGGAUCUCUUCAUCACCAUCAUCAUCUUCACAAACCUCCUCACCAUGAGCAUGGAGCACUACAACCAGCCUCAGUACCUCGAGGAGAUUCUGAAGUACUGCAAUUACGUCUUCACCGUGGUUUUUGUCAUUGAGGCUAUUCUCAAACUCAUCGCUUUUGGCCUGCGCCGCUUUUUCAAGGAGAGAUGGAACCAGCUGGAUCUAGCCAUUGUGUUGUUGUCCAUAAUGGGAAUCACGCUGGAGGAAAUAGACCUGAACGCCUCCCUGCCCAUCAACCCCACCAUCAUACGCAUCAUGAGAGUCCUAAGAAUAACAAGAGUGCUGAAGCUGUUGAAGAUGGCUACAGGAAUGAGAGCUCUGCUGGACACAGUCAUGCAAGCGCUGCCUCAGGUGGGGAAUCUGGGUCUGCUCUUCAUGUUGCUGUUCUUCAUCUAUGCAGCUCUGGGAGUUGAGCUCUUUGGAAAACUGGAGUGUUCAGAAGAAAACCCAUGCGAGGGUCUUAGUCGCCAUGCUACCUUUGACAACUUCGGCAUGGCUUUCCUCACACUUUUCAGGGUGUCUACCGGGGACAACUGGAAUGGGAUUAUGAAGGACACGUUAAGAGAGUGUCGCCCCCAGGACCGCCACUGCCUCACCUACCUCCCCCUGAUAUCUCCCGUUUACUUCGUCACCUUCGUUCUCACAGCUCAAUUCGUCCUGGUCAAUGUGGUCGUGGCUGUGCUGAUGAAGCACCUGGAGGACAGCAACAAGGAGGCGCAGCUAGAGGAGAUGGAGGAGAGGGAGGAGAGGAGAGAGAGGGAGGAGAGGGAGGAAAGGGAAGCUAAUCGACGUCACAGCAUGGCGUCUUUAGGCGGAGACCAGCAAGGCCUGAACGCUGACGUACCUGCACAGGUGCAGGUGGAGGAUGAGGAGUGUUCCCAUGGCAACCUACAGAGCUUGGGACGCAUGUUGUCUCUCCCUAGCGACAGCUACGUUCAGCCUCUCAGAUGCUCCCCCUAUCCUGCCAUUGGCCAGGAGUCCUACUCCGUCUACAGCUACUCAGGCUCCAUGUCGUCUCUGGGCUCCAGUGGAGGCAGCUCCCUGUUGCAGGUUCCCGGAGCCCUGCCCACCAUCAGCCACGCCUCGCUGGGCUCCGGACGCAGCAUGAGGCCGAAGAUCUUCCUCAGCACCUCUCAGAGCAUCGACAGACACUCUUCUUUCAGACUGAGCCCAGCCGACAGCAUGGACGGAUACAGGUUCAGUCCAGCUCACAGGAUACACAGACACAGACUCAACUCGGCUCACAGCAUCGACGGGUACAAGUUCAGCCCGGCUCAUCGGAUUAACAGACACAGACUGAGCUCCACUCGCAGCAUGGACGGAUACAGGCUGAACCCCGAACACAGUGCGGACCGACCCACACUCAUGUCCAGUCACAGCAUAGACAGACACAGCUCUCUCAGACUGAGCCCCACUCACACUGCCAGCAGACGCUCCUCUCACUGGCUCAGUCCUGAAGACAGUUUGGACAGACACAUGCUGAGUCCGUCCUACGUUCCAGAAAGUUCCGCCCUGAGGAGAGGGGCGUCCUUCCGCACUUCGAGCAGACAGCUACGGAGACAGGAGGCUGUGCGCAGCGACUCUGUGGAUCAGAGCGGCUCAGCCGACGACCUGGCAGAGACUCAUCUCACUGUUCCAGCCGCCUCUUCCACACCUCCACGCCAGCGAUCGUCCAGCGUGCACACACUGAAAUACGCACACGCCCAGAGGGUCAUCUCAUGCAGGAGCCACAGCCGGAGCCACAGUGAAACCAGUGGGCAGGAACACGUACCUGAGCCGGCCAUCUGUGGCUCUCAAGCAGAUGUAGAGAAAAGACCCAGCAGCCCGCAGAGCCAGUCCAGUCUGAAGGUCCCCAGCGGUGAUUCCACACUAUCAGCGCCGCUCUGUAGCUCCAAAAUGGCUGGCUCUGACCCCAGCUCCCAUUUGGACGCCACAGACGAGGAAGUGAGCCGUAUAAACAGUUCUGUUCUCACGCACUCACAGACACAACCUCCUCCCGGCUCGUCACACAAAAGCAGACACCUUUCUCCGAGCCCUGGGGAGCACCGGAGCCGCCUCAGCCAAUCGGUGUCUCCGGUGUCGGGCAGGAACAGGAAGCAGAGGAUGAGCCCGCCGCCGGGAGAGGAGCCUGUUACUAUAGCAACCCAGCUGAUGGACAGCAGUGUUGAGCUGAGAAGGCGGACUCUGUCGUUUGAUGCCACAACCCUCCCUCCUAAUCAUGCCGAGGGAAGCUCUGUGGACGACUGAACUAACUCAGACAGAGGAGGGAUUAUUUUCUCUAGUGCUGCUGCAGCACUCAAGAGGGGAGCGGAGCCACUAUCCAAAACAGGAAGGAUACCUGUUACCUUUCUAUUAAAGGACCCCGCCCCUCACCUCGUCCUGUCCAAUCACGAUUUUCACAGGGUGUUUGAGCAGGACUUUUUCAGGCAGAGUGUGUCUGCAUUUAAGGACCCUUUGUGAAGUUUGCACACGAGAUGCACACGAGAAGACGUUUCCUUUUCUUCUAUCAUAGUCCUAGCUUUAGUUCAGACACUGUAGACCCCCACCCCACCCCACCCCACCCCGCUAUAGUCAGUCCAACACUUACCGGCCCCCUGCUUGAUCUCCUACUUCUGCUCUUACUCAUACUUUUCUUCACACCUCAAGCCUUGGUCAGAGUACAAGAUCACACAUAGAUGCAGCAUGGAUUAAGCUACUGUGUGGUCUACUCAUGUGCACAUAGAUGUUGACAAAGAGAGAAACUUGGCUACUGAGUGCAGCUUAUGAUUACUGUAAUUAUUCCUUAAUUUUAUGAUUUCUUUUUUUCUUGAUAGAACAGUUGAAUCGUUGGUCCACACAUCAGAUAUAUAUAACUCAAGAUGAUGUCUCAAACCUUUUUUUUCUGUUAAAUUGUCCAAAAUGCAAAGAUCUUCUAUUUUCAAAGAUCCUCUAUUGCUAAGCUUGGAAACAAUAGGGCUCAACAGCAUGGUUCCAGGGGUAAAAUUCCCAUUUAUUUUCUUUUAACAAAUUGAUUAUUAGCCAUAUCAUCAAGAUAGACUUAACAUGAGCUACAUAAGUGUGAACAAUGGCAUAUGCUACUGCAGAAGACUCCAGUGUUAGCUCCAGUGUUUGUGAAUUAUAUACUUAUCUACAGGAUGUCUAUUACCCUGAGUCUAUGACAGUAGAAAGAUCAAAAAGACACAAAAAGAGUUAAAAGUAAAAUAAUGGAAGUUGAAAAUGUGAUAAAAAUGAUUUGAUUAAUCUCAGAAAUUUUGAAGUGAAUCACUAUAAAAGUUCUAAUUUUUCAGCAGCCUUAAUUAAAACAUUUUCAUUUGAAAUGGAAACACUACAGUAAAGAUGAUUGUACAAAAAAGGUACCUGUAUGAUUUGAAGGCAUGAAAAAUUAACCUUAAUUAAUAAAAUAUAUUGCAAUGGGUUGUGGGAUAUGUAGUUCGUCCAUCCUCGUUAAAAUAUAUGCAUAUAUGUUGUACCUUUGCUUUUUCUCUAUUUUUAAAUGCUGUUUUGCACCAAACCAAAUGUUAUAUGGUCAAGCGCUCAGUAGGGUUGGGCCAUAAAUCAAAAUUAAGAUUAAUUUGGAAUAUUUGUUUAAAUUGAACAGUUACCAAAUAAAGACAUUUUUUUUGCAGCAGAGAUUAUAUGCUCUUCACA